AUGGCUUUUCUCGCUUCAGCAUUCACGGUUUACAGUACUACAGUGGAUUAUCGCAAUGCCCCAGCAGCUACGCACAUGGUGACUGAUAUGUAUCCCGUGAAAGAAAUUGAUUUUCCAGCGGUAGCAAUUUGUAAUAUGAAUUUGAUCAGUAAGAGAAAAAUAAUGGAAUUGGCCGAAGAGAUAUUGCAAAUGGAUUCGGUCAGAGCAAUGAAUGUGACGAAAUCCAAGUUUCUGGAGUUAUUGAAGACCAUGGGGCACCUCUACACGUUUUCAAGUGAUGAGGAGGAGCCAGGGGAUCUUUUACUCCUUCAUGAAAUCAUGGUCAAUGCCUUCUCUGGUGCAAGACGGAAAAAUGUUGGCAUGGUAUCGAAGAUGAUUGUGGUUGAGUGUGACAAUUAUGCGGUUCGCUGUCAGUGGGGAGGUGUUAUACGAAUGUGCUCGGAUAUUCUAGAGCCUAGGUUCACCUCAGAUGGACAAUGCUGUGCAUUCAAUUAUGCUAGGUGGAAGGAUCAUUUCUCAAGUUCAUUGAGCGACAAGAUGUCCGCCCCAGUCCUGAAAUCAGAGGUGGCAGGCUCGGAUUAUGGAUUAUGGCUGCUGCUCGAUGUCAACUCUGAAGACUAUUUUUAUCAACUACUGCCGAUGAUCGGAUUCAAGGUGAUGAUUUAUUCUCCCACUGACUAUCCUGACUCCCCCAGUGGUAGCAGCAGGGAAAUAUUGGUGGCACGCAGCACCGAGACAUUAAUCAAUAUUGGAGCAUCGAUUUUUGAUACAACUGAUGAUGCUCACAGCAUGGAUCCAGUUCAUCGCAGUUGUCGAUUCAAAACGGAAUUGGAAGCACAAUUUGGUGGCCGUUAUUCCUUCAGCGAUUGUAUCGUAGACUGUCGUGUGCGGGACAUAAUAAAAAAAUGCAACUGCAUUCCAUUUUUUUAUCCACACCCCAGUGGCUACGGUGAAUAA